UAACGCACAGUAAUUGUUGCGACGUUGUUAUUGCUAUUGUUGCUGGAAUCCUGUGAAAAAAGAAACUCUACGGACAUGGGCUUCUAUAACAUUUAAUAAUUAUUAUUACCUAAGGGUGUAUUGAGUAUUUUUCACUGCGUCAGUCUAACGAGCGUUUGCUUGUCAAAAUGAAACGACAAAACGUCCGAACCCUGUCGUUGGUGGUUUGCACAUUCACCUAUCUACUAGUAGGAGCAGCCGUAUUCGACGCCUUAGAAUCGGACCAGGAGAGAAGGCGUUGGAACCAUUUACUGGAACUUAAACACGCAUUGGUCAGCAGAUACAACAUAAGCCCCGUCGACUACCGGAUGAUGGAAGUGGCCAUAAUCGAGAACAAACCUCACAAAGCUGGACCACAGUGGAAGUUUGCUGGAGCUUUUUACUUUUCUACAGUCGUCUUGGCCAUGAUCGGGUACGGCCAUUCCACUCCGGUGACGAUUGGAGGAAAAGCGUUUUGCAUACUGUACGCCAUGGUCGGUAUUCCUUUGGGCCUAAUCAUGUUCCAGAGCAUCGGUGAACGUCUUAACAAAUUCGCUUCAGUAGUGAUCAAAAGAGCCAAAAAGUAUUUUAAGUGCAAAAAAGAGGAAGCCACCGAAAUGAAUCUUAUGUGUGCCACUGGACUUCUCUCGUCUGUAAUCAUUACCACCGGGGCAGCUGUGUUUUCUAAGUACGAGGGAUGGAGUUACUUUGACAGUUUUUACUAUUGUUUCGUCACACUCACCACCAUCGGUUUUGGAGACUACGUUGCGCUACAGAACGACCAAGCAUUGACCACUAAGCCGGGAUACGUGGCUUUAAGCCUGGUUUUCAUUCUGUUCGGACUUGCGGUAGUGGCAGCCAGCAUUAACUUGUUGGUACUCAGAUUCAUGACCAUGAACGCCGAGGACGUGCGCCGUGAAGACAACGAACUGCAAGGGGUAUCUCAGCACGUGAUUACAUUGGACGGGGAAGUGGUGACCUCAGUGAACGGCAAAUUACUAGCCGGUCACACCGUUUCUAAGGGCACUAGCAACGACGACAUGGACCAAGUGUCGGUAUGCUCAUGCACUUGCGUUGGAGACCCAGAAUAUGAUUACAACAGGGAUAUUUUACCCGUGGAACAGGAACCAAUCAACUUACUGUCAGACGAGUACAUCGUUGGGCUCAAGAGAGUUUCUAUAUAAACUAUAAUAAACGUUAUAAUACAAUGGACAUUUUAUCAAUUUGACGUACGACGAUAGUUUUUCGUUAAAAAUUAAAAUGUUAUUAUUACUUUUUUUACUUUUCUCACAAUUCGCCAAUUACAUUUAUAUAUAUAUAUAUAAUAUACAUAAUUAACUAACUAAAAAUAAUUUUAAAAUUGUGCUACGAAAACGAAAAUUAAACAUUUUUUUAGGUAUGUUAUGUUCAAAAUAGAAAUAUGUGUUUUUGUAUAAUAAAAAAAUACUAUUUAUUGAAAAAUUGGCUAUACAAUGCGCCUUAACAAAUGCUAGUGUAGAGGCCCCUUAAAAUAAUAAUAAUCAUCAUUUUAACCUCAUGUUAGGUUACGCUAGCCAUUAUUAGAGUAAUCCCAACUAAUUAUACUGAAUAUGUAGUUUUAAUAUACAGUACCUGUUACAAGUUAUUAAAGAUUUAACUAUGAGGAUAUAAAAAAAUAAUAUGAUUAUUGAUAAUAAUAUUAUACUAGUUGUGACUUAUUACAUGGUUUUCUUUAGCUCGCUAACACGUAUGUACGGGUAUUUUUCAAAUCUUGCAAAAUUAAUUGAACCCACUUCCAGAUGUCGUAUAGGGCUGAAACAUGGCACAGACACUCAUCUUAGAUGACAAUAUAAUACCCUGUAAUCAUAUUGCGACUCGGACAUCAAGGUCGCCCUAAACAGGGUCAAAUGUGGGGGUCAUUUCACUAAAAUUUCAUUUUUUCCCAAAUCUUCCAAAUUCAAUUUAGUAAUCUAUUUAGCAAUUAUUA